AAUCAGCGGAAAGCAGCAUUGCUGAUGUCCCAUUGUUGACAAAUCCAUGAAACAACUCCAGUUUGCAUGGUUUAACAGAGAGGAGAGGAAAGGAGAGGAGAGGAGAGGAGAGGAGAGGUGGGUGGAAGGAGGGAGGGAGGAGAGGAGAGGGGGCGUCUGUCGUCACCGAACCACGUGUCCUGCGCUGAUAGUAUAUCUUAUACUGGGAAAAGUAAUCUAUCAGACAGUCCUUUUAAAAGCUCCGGCCUUCAAAAGCAGCAUGUGUCACCUCGACUCGCUUCUCCAAAUAUCACACCUAUAGGAAAUACACGCACCGAGACGGGACGUCGGAGCGCCAAACCCGCAACAUCUCCAAACAACUUCGAAGUAAGAGUCGCCGCUUUCCGCAGGCCUGCUCACUUACCGAGUGGAGAAAUAUUUUUGUAGAAGUUUCCUUUUGGGCUUCACUGGCUUUCUGCCGGUUCAACCGAAAGUAGAUUUUUUGGAGACAUCCGAUCUUUUGACAGGGGCGACCAAAAGCCCAGCAGACCCGCAGUGUGUGUGUGUAAGAGAGAGAAAGAGUGUGUGUGUGUGUGUGUGUGUGUGUGUGUGCACUGACCGCGCUGGUCCCACCUACCCAUCACACCCGGCUGCUCGGCUGUUUUGGCUCCGGUAGACUUUUUAAACAAAAAGUGUUAGUAAGCCGUGAGAUGACCCUGUCUGGAGGCAGCGAAAGAGCCAGCGACAUGUCCGGCCAAACUGUGCUCACGGCGGAGGACGUGGACAUCGACGUGGUGGGCGAGGGAGACGAGGAGGGCAUGGAGAGGGUGGACAGCGACUGCGACAGCCCGGGGGGAGGCAUCCUGCACGACCUCCGAGCAGAAACAGGCGACGAGGAGCUGGAAGACGAGAUCGAGGUGGAGAAGGAGGAGAUCGGGUCCGGUGGAGGGAGUCCGUGCUGCGAGAGCUCCGGGGAGGGAGAGACGGGCACGGGAAAGGCGGAGGGUCAAGACCAGAGCGCGGCGACGGGAGCUGGGAUCCAGAAGCCCAAAAGCAGCCUGGUAAAGCCGCCUUACUCCUACAUCGCCCUCAUCACCAUGGCCAUCCUCCAGAGCCCACAGAAAAAGCUCACCCUCAGCGGGAUCUGCGAGUUCAUCAGCAACCGCUUCCCGUAUUACCGGGAGAAGUUCCCGGCGUGGCAAAACUCCAUCCGCCACAACUUGUCCCUCAACGACUGUUUCGUGAAAAUCCCCCGGGAACCUGGCAACCCCGGCAAGGGCAACUACUGGACUCUGGACCCCGCUUCAGAGGACAUGUUCGACAACGGCAGCUUCCUUAGGAGGAGGAAAAGGUUCAAGAGAGUUCAGCCUGACAUGCUCAGGGACCAGACUGCUCUCAUGAUGCAAAGUUUCGGCGCGUACAGCCUUGGGGGGCCCUACGGGAGGCACUACGGGAUCCACCCGGCUGCUUAUUCCCAUCCGGCGGCUUUGCAGUACCCCUACAUCCCCCCUGUGGGUCACAUGCUGCCCCCGGGCGUCCCUCUCCUUCCCUCGGCGGAGCUGAACAGGAAAGCGUUCAACUCCCAGCUCAGCCCGAGUCUCCAACUUCAGCUCAACAGCCUGAGCACAGCGUCCAUGAUCAAAUCAGAGCCUUCAAACAGACCGUCAUUCAGCAUAGAGAACAUCAUCGGAGUGUCCAGCGCCUCCUCGUCCUCGCCGGGCGCCGCUCAGGCUUUCCUGCGGCCUCCGGUGACCGUUCAGUCGGCCCUGCUGAGCGCACAGUCCCUCUCCCUGACCCGGACCUCAGCCGCCAUCGCUCCCAUCCUCAGUGUACCGUCAAACAUUAUUUCUGGACACGUUUUACCCUCAGCGACGGCGGCAGCGGUGUCCAAAUGGCCUUCACAGUGACCUAAAAGCAAGAGAAAAGAAACUCUUAUUUUUAUAUAAAGACAUUAUGACUGGGGGAAAGUGUGCACAGCACAAAUGAAUAAGGCACCACUGGACUCUGUAGCCAUGUAAAGACUGUUGAAACACAGAGAAAAGAAAAAGAAAAAGGAGAUAUUUCUGUACAGGUAAUAUUUGUAAAUAUUUGUAAAAAAAAAAAAGAAAAAAGACAAAAAAGAAUGAUUUUACCUGUUUGACUUUUACCUGUCGUUUCCCUUUUGUUCCUGUUUGAGAUCUGUGAUAAUUACUUUACUCUUUUUUUUUUUAAUUGGAAGCUCAAAUGGACAAAAUUGUGCUUCCUUUUCAUACAAGACACAAGAAGCUCUGAAAAAAUAGCCUGUUUAUAAUAAAAAAAAAUCAAAUAUAUGUAAUUCUAUGUAGCUAUAUUGUGUUGUAAACUGAAUUUAUUUGUAAAUAAAUCGAAGAAAGAA